AUGUUAUCUCCAACACCCCCAGCCCCAAACCCAAAAUGUGGAAUCGCCAGCGAUACUGGUUCCACUAGCAACAGCUCGUUACGCGACAAGCUCGCGGCAGUCCUUCCUCGUGGCCACAAGUUCGGCAUCCACCAUGUCUCGACUCCCCCAGCGCGAACCGAACCACUUUGUAUGGCCCCACCCGGACAACGGCCAGACAAAACGUAUCGGGAAAGCCACUUUCUUGCUGUCUCAAUCCAUCCGCAAAAUGACAACAACAACACCAACAACAACAAGGCUGUUGCGCAGUUGAAACGCGCUUCGCCCGGUGCCGACUGCAGCAAGGGUGAGGAAGGCCCAAAGAGUCGGGCAUUGGUCUUCGCUGUCGAGGUCCUAAUUUUUACCACGGCCUACCAAACCACCUUGUUCGUAUCCAAGGCCGAUUCCACCGGUUACCUCCAUCUCCUCGGCCUCCCGCCUGGCGCACCACCCCCCAUCCGCCAAGUACUCGCCACCUUCCUUGCAUAUCUCCUCGACCACCGACGACGCAACCAUGUUCAAUCCGUGGUCAACCUGUUUGCACGUGCGCAGGCACAAUACCUAUUCCCAGGCAGCGUUCGCAACAAGGGGAAGCAUGUGCUGGAUGAUUGGGGCCUGGUUCGAUGGUGGUGCCGGGUAUUGAAUCCGCUUAUUGAGGAGUCAACCAAGAGGUCGUCGACGAGCAGCAGAGGCUACUUGCUUGUCCCCGGCCUGGAAGAAUCGGAAAUGCGAGCGUUCUUACCACGCACCCCAGGGAGCAUGGCAAAUUGGACCAUCGGGCACCCUCUGGAGCGAAUAUCACACUACUCUCGUGAUUCCGACUCGGUCCCGCCCCGAUGUCUCAUUCCCGGUUAUCCGGACGAUCCAAAAUCACGGUUCCGUGACGAGCUCGACGAAGAAGUCUCCAGCAAGAAGCAGGGGGUCGAAGCGUGGAAGAGUGUCAAGUCGCUGGGGCAGUUCUGGGAGAUGAUGGCCUUCCGGCAGGAAUGCUCCAGCGGGCGCCUAACAGGGUUCAUCUGGCUUGUUUUCGACACCACUCCCAGGACCCCGCUCGCGACGCCCAACCCAUCGGUCGACUCCCCUCUCCAGCGUACACCGGCGACCUUGUCCAGGCAACGCGCUGGUGUCUCCUCUACCACCUCCCGGCCAAGUUCACGCAAGCCAGGCGUCUCCCCGGUUGCCCUCCCAUCGGUGGCGCCACCCCAAAACACCAAGAAGAAGUCAAAGAAGAAGUUGUCGGGUCCGAUCAUCCCGCGGACACCUAAAAUUAAGACGCACGCAACCAGCCGCCUCAUCAAUCGCCCGAAGACGACAGCGUACUAUUACUGGCCAACCGAGGGCCGCGGCGAUCAAAUAGUAGACGACACAGAGUACAAGCGGAUCGUUGAGCUACUACUUCACUUGGACUUUUCAACGCUCGACAAGGCCAUUGGGAGUUCUCGUCGGUGGCUCCACGAGAUUGGCGCGGGGAGUAACGUGGGAGAAGGUAUUGUGGGCAGGGCUGUUUUCCCACAGGUCCCAGGGGUGACCGGGACAGCUGCCCAGGCUUCCAGCGGAACAGUGACCAAUUUGACAGGUUUGGUCAGAAGGAAAAACCCAGCAAUACCAGCAGAAACGACCCCCAACCAGACACCAAACUCGAGAACAGAGGGGACGUCCACGCCGAUAAUUGAGCCCGCAGCAAAGGUAAAUGUUCUCGGCACCAACUUGGUGCGAAAGCGAAAGAAGGUAGUUGAGGGCUAG